CCGCCCGUUUAGUGUCCUAGGCUCGGUUAUAUCAGGAACAAGGGCGUUUAGCCACAUCAAUCAAUCGAUCAAUCAGAUCCACUGGUUCUCUUGGUGUCGACACGUUCGUUGCUGGAAAUUUAAAAAAAAAAAAGAUGAAGAAAAACUCUGACAGUACCGGACCCCCGCCGUAUGGUACCGAGAAGGACGAGGGGCUCGACAAUCCUACUUUUGUAAACGAUAAUGGAGUGGUAGAGAAUGGUUAUCUUGAAAAGAAAGACAAGGAGAUUGAUCUUUGGGAAUUACCAGAGCUUAAGGACACGUCGAAACCCUUCAAAGAGAUGACCGGCAGUGAGAAGGUGGUUUUCGUACUAUGGGUCCUACUGCGGGUAACUCUGUUCCUGGCUUUCCUUUACCUUUUCAUCUGUUCCCUGGAUUUUCUCAGUUCGGCAUUCAGACUCCUGGGAGGUAAGGCAGCUGGCGAGGUGUUCCGGAACAAUAUGAUCCUACGCAAUCCUGUGACCGGCGUGAUGAUAGGCAUUUUAGCUACAGUACUGGUUCAAAGUUCCUCAACAAGCACGUCUAUUGUGGUAGCCAUGGUUGGAGCUGGACUCCUUGACGUUGCGACAGCCAUCCCCAUAGUGAUGGGUGCUAACAUCGGUACGUCCGUCACCAACACGAUUGUGGCCUUGGGACAGAUCACCGAUAGGGAUGACUUCCGCCGGGCCUUCGCCGGGGCCACCGUCCACGAUAUGUUCAACUGGACUUGUGUUAUUGUACUCCUCCCGUUAGAGGCCAUCACAGGAUACUUAUUCCGCCUCAGUGGGGCCAUUGUUGAUAGCCUACAUCUGGAAAAGUACAAGGAUGGCAAAACAGACUUACUAAAGGCUAUCACAAAACCUUUUACCACUAGAAUUGUCCAGGUCGACAGCAAGGCUAUCCAGAAAAUUGCCCAAAAUGAGGACGUGGACUCUCUACUCAAAUUGUGCUGCAAGUCUGAGACGCCGGACCCCGUCAAUGUUACCGAUGCUAAUGGAACGUGGUACAUGGAGGAACAGAGCAAAGUCUGUGUCAAGCCAUGUGAAUUUAUCUUUAAAGACGUCGGUAUGAAGGAUUCAGAAAUAGGGGCGAUACUUCUAGUGAUUGCGCUUCUUCUUCUGUGUAUCUGUCUGUUCGCCAUCGUUAAACUGCUGAAUUCUCUCUUGAAAGGCAACAUCAGGAACAUAAUCAAGAAAGUAAUUAAUGCAGAGUUUCCAGGAAAGUGUGCCUACUUCACUGGUUAUAUUGCUAUUUUUGUUGGAUGUGGACUUACCAUCCUAGUGCAAUCUAGCUCUAUCUUCACGUCAGCCAUGACACCGCUGGUAGGUGUGGGUGUGAUCAGUAUAGAAAGAAUGUACCCGUUGACCCUUGGUUCGAACAUCGGCACGACGACCACGGGCAUCCUCGCCGCUCUGGCACAAGACGCUGACAAGAUCAGAGAGCCUCUCCAACUGGCGUUUUGUCACCUGUUCUUCAACAUCUCGGGAAUUAUCCUGUUUUAUCCCAUUCCAUUCACGAGAUUUCCUAUCGAGUUAGCGAAAUUUCUAGGAAUCGAGACCUCCAAAUACAGAUGGUUUGCAGUUUUUUAUUUGGUGUUCAUGUUUUUCCUGCUGCCGUUGUUCGUGUUCGGACUGUCCAUUGCCGGCUGGAAGGUGAUGGCUGGUGUUCUCAUCCCCAUCGCUUCCAUUAUCGUCAUUAUUUGCAUAAUCAAACUUAUCCAAAGAAAGAAGCCUGGUAUUCUACCGAAAGUCCUCCGUAACUGGAAGUUUCUCCCUUUGAUUUGCCGCUCACUUGAGCCUAUUGACAGGGUAAUGCAGCUCUGUAUAUGCAGAUCUUUACCCUGUUGUGCCGAGGGUACCGAUCGCAAACCUCAGCCAAGAAGAGUUGUAGAAACGACGAGAAUAUAGAAGACUGAAGAGGUUGUCUGUUGAACUACUUAACUAAUCCAUGAUCAUAAGAAACAAGGAAUUAUUACUUUUUGGAGCUCUUUGAGUAUGGAUAAUGAGCCACACAAUAAAAUACUAAGCAUAA